AUGCCGAGAGAGAGGCUCAAAAGAUUGUUCAGCAAGAGGAUAAGGGACGCAAAGGCGGAAGCGCAGAAGGAAAUCGAGGAGUACAGGAAGCAGAAAGAGGAAGAAUUCAGAAAGUUUGAAGCAGAGCACUCGAGCGGUUUCAAGAAGGCGGAAGAUGAUGCCAACAAGGAAGCCGAGUUCAAGCUGGAAGAAAUCAAGAAGGACGGAAAGGAGAAGGGUCCGAAGGUUGUCGAGAAACUCAUUCACGCGCUGGUUGAUGUGAAGCCCGAACCCUCCGCCAAGAUCGUCACCAAGGCAUAG